ACUCCAACCACAACAGCCCUCUCCUUGUGAGAAUCCCAGCCUUUUCAUCUACAUCGCGACAACCAGAGACAGCGCGCGACAACAAGAGAGAGGACACAAGCAACCAUGGCGUCCACGGCGAAAUACCAGCCCGCCCCCCAGCAGGAACCCGACGACGACUACACGCAAGCACCGCCCGCCUACGGCACCGCAGCGUCCUCGUCGCACCACGAUCCUGGCCUGUUUGCUGAGCCGCGCAGCAGCGACGACAACAUCCCCGACGACUUCAAGUUUGGAGGCUCUGUCGCCGAAGCCACCGUCGACAUCCGCAACCAGUUCGUCCGCAAGGUCUACAGCAUCCUCACCGUCCAGCUCGUUGCGACCGCCGCCCUGAGCUCCAUCAGCUUCUUCAGCGAUGCGUACAAGUCGUGGAUCCAGAGCCACCCCGGCCUCGUUUGGGCAUCUCUCUUUGGCGCCAUGAUCUUCAUGGGCCUCACCUACUGGAAGCGCAAAUCGUAUCCCACAAACCUCCUCUUCCUCGGCCUCUUCACCCUCACAGAGGCCUACUCCAUCUCCGUCAUCGUCUCCUUCUACCAGACCUCCAUCGUCCUCAACGCCACCGUCCUCACCGCCGGCAUCUUCGUCUUCCUCACCCUCUUCGCCUGCCAGACAAAGUACGACUUCACCUCAUGGAUGCCCUACCUCUUCGGCGCCCUCUGGGGCCUCGUCAUCUUCGGCUUCAUGUCCAUGUUCUUCCCCUACAGCUCCACGGCCGACCUCAUCUACGGCGGCCUCACGGCGCUCAUCUUUAGUGGAUAUAUCCUCGUCGACACCCAGCUCGUCCUGCGCCACCACCACGUCGAGGAGGAGAUUGCUGCCGCCAUCAGCUUGUACCUGGACAUCAUCAACCUCUUCCUUGCCAUUUUGCGUAUCCUCAACAACCAGAAUAACAACUAAAGGGGGGUCAAAUGGGGCCACGAUGCACCGCUGGCAGCGGCGCCCUCUCUCGUUCGUGAAAGCCAAGAGCUCCAAGAUUGUCACCAUGGGCUCUUCCCCUUCGUUUUCU